CUUUACGAGUAUUACUUGAAUGCAUCAUGACACUGGCAACGAGCCUAGUCGGCUAACUUGGCUAAUCUGAUUUAUCGUCUCGGUUAAGCGCCGUAACGUGAGUCGGGAUUACCAUAUUUCGUUUUCCAUACCCAGUGUUUAACGCAGAAGCUACCUGACAUUAAGUAGCCACUUGCUUCCAGAAUGGCAUCGCUUGGGGAGCCCGUGCGGUUGGAAAGAGAUAUUAACCGAGCUGUUGAACUGCUUGAUAAGCUCCAAAGGACAGGGGAAGUGCCUCCCCAGAAGCUGCAGGCGCUGCAGAGGGUCUUACAGAGUGAAUUCUGUAAUGCUGUCAGAGAAGUUUAUGAACAUGUGUAUGAAACGGUGGACAUCAACAGCAGUCCUGAGGUCAGGGCCAAUGCCACAGCUAAGGCAACUGUAGCAGCUUUUGCAGCAAGUGAGGGACACUCACAUCCACGUGUGGUGGAACUGCCCAAAACAGAAGAAGGUCUGGGUUUCAAUAUAAUGGGUGGAAAGGAGCAGAACUCCCCUAUAUAUAUCUCACGGAUCAUCCCAGGAGGCAUCGCCGACCGACAUGGAGGCCUGAAGAGAGGCGACCAGCUUCUCUCUGUUAAUGGGGUGAGUGUGGAAGGUGAGCACCAUGAGAAAGCUGUGGAACUCCUCAAAGCAGCUCAGGGCUCAGUGAAGCUGGUAGUGAGGUACACCCCCAAAGUCCUCGAGGAAAUGGAGUCACGCUUUGAGAAAAUGAGGUCGGCGAAGCGCCGGCAACAGAACAACUACCCCCAGUAGGAUUUAUCUGUGUUGAUGCACAGCUCCCAUGUCUCUCCUCCUUGAGCCUUCUGGCCAUGUAUUCUGGUCUCCCUUUCUUUUUCUUUUAUCUCCCUGCCCCGAAAAAUGCUUCACAAACGCGCUCAAGUUUUUAGUUUUUGUUCACAUAUACUGUAUACUGUGCUUCUUCCCGUUUCUGUAGCAUUUUUUAAUAUUCACCAUUGUUACACUGGACACUACAACUCUAGACGAACAUUAUAAUGAUCAUGAUUGUCAGUGUAGGUGGUCACUCACACGUGUGCAUUAUUUUUGAAUUGACAAUUUGAAUGCAACUCUGAAUGCUUUUGAGACCGACUACACAAUUCCUUCUUCUGGAAAGGUAGUGUUUUUUUAUUCUUUUAUCACAGCCACUACCAAGUGCCUCAGGGCAAACAUGUUUAUCUUAUGUACUGUGUUCACCGUUACGUUUUUAUUUUUAAUGGUUUAAAGUCAAGUACUGGUAAUUAAAUGCUUGUGACAGGAAUUACUAAAUCCUUUGCAUCUGUUAUUCUCAAAGAUCUGAAUUUAGAUAAAAACAUGGUGGCAUCUGUAGAAACCCUUUAAUUGUGCACAUUUGGAAGAGAUGCAGUUUUAUUGUUGUUGAAGGGAAGCUUUGGGGGAGUUUAUAAAGGUUUGAAUUAGUUAAAAAGAGACAGAGUAUGAUGGAUAAUAAGGGAAACCACUGAAAGGACACUUCAAAACUAAAAUGAUGGAUUAUCUAUUUUUUUUUUUCUAGGCUUACAUUUAUAGUUUUCUAACGUCACACCAAGCUAUAAAAAGCUCAGCAGGCACUGUAAGUGAUGUAAUGGGGUCUCAGCAACUUUUAAUCUAAAUUGCUGCCGCCACAGAGUCUCACAUUUCUACUUUUAGUAAAGUAAUAAACCUUCAUAAGCAAAUACCUUGCUGUUGGCAUGACACAAUAUAAAACCUGUUUAGCUUCUGUUUAAGUUGUCUUGGCAUAAAUCAGGAAUGUACUAUAUGUUGUGUUUUUCCUUUUCACCAGCACUGCAAUCCAGUUCCUUAACAUUUGUCUUUGGAAUAUCAAACAACCUCUUUGGUAAUAAUAAUGCCAAAUGUGAGCUUUCGUCAUUGAUUUAAAGAAUGAAAUGACUUAUGUCGUUGUCAUGGCUGAUAUACGGCGACUUCGUAUUCAGACUUUACACCGUGCUUAGGGGAUUGUGUUGUAAAUCUGCUGCAUUGGAUUAUGUUAUGUUUGUGUCAGUUUUGUUUAACAAUGUCUUGCAGAACAAAGGUGUUUCUUAAAUGAAACAUUCACUUAAUUUGAACUUCUUUUUUUUUUAUCCUGGUAGUAAUUGACAUCUUUAACUGGUGCUGGGAUCAGAUGUAUAGAAACAUUUCUUAGAAUUUAAAUAACUACUUCUUUUAUGAUGCUUUCUCUCAAAAACGUACUCCCAUACUUAAAAAUAAUUUAGUAAUAUGUGAUUUAUUUCCAUAUCUUUUUGCAUUAGUCUUAUCAUCACUUGGUCGUCUUUACUUCAUUAAAGCCACCAUUUGAAUGGCACCUAUGUACUUUGUAUUUAAUAUACAAUCAGCACAAUAUUUAAAAAAUAAGAAUACUAUGACAUUUUGUUACUGAUUACUGCCAAACAGUCAAGUUCCUGACAGGCAGGUUUAAGCAGGCUAAUGUCAAAAUGGUGUCAAUGACCCCCAAGAUGCAGUAUAUGAAAACCUUCCUCACCAAGCUAUAAUAUGGAUGUUCCCUAUUAUAAUGUGGACUAUUAAUGCUUUUAAAAACACCUUUCCUCAUGGAGGAGCUCAAAUCCUACACUGGUGUCUCCAUGUGCAACAUGUCAAUCAAACAAGUCUGCAAGUAAUGGUUUUCUUUGAAUUUCUUUUUCAUUUAAAACAAAAAUUAGUAUGAGACUUUUCUUUGCUUAGGAAAAUGCAUCUGAAAUGUGGUCACCGAUUGCCUGUGCAGCUGCUUUGGUGAUGGAGUUACUUUUUCUUUUGGUGUUUUUGUUAAGUUAUCCACCAUCUCUUAACAUGCAUUGAGGGAACUAAAUAACUAUAAUAAUUGGAACUGAAAUGGCAUGCUCCCUGUAAUCCAGUACUCCUUUAAGAAAAAUGCAGAAUUCUGGGACACGGUAUCAAAUGAAACAAACGCACUGCAAAAACUGAAUGCAAAAUCAAUUAUCUAUGCACGGUCAUUCAAAAAACUUUGGACAUAUCCUGUAAUGGUGCAUAACAGUUGUCAUUUUAUUGCAGAAUGUUAUUGGAAAUUACUGCAUUCAGGCUGUGUGGACAAAUGUCUGUUUGGGAACGCUGCACUUGGACACAUUGGAGUUAAAUUAUCUUAUGAGACAUUUACAGUGUUUGUAACAUAUUGAUCACUGUCAAGUAGUUGCAGUGACAGUCUCCCUUUGACAUUAGCCUUGCUAUCUAAUUGAUGAUGAAAGUGUGGUUAGCAAUAGACCAUUCCAGAGGCUACUGAGAGCAGACUUUUGUUUUGAGGCAGACCAUUUAGCAGGAGAGUCUGGGUGUGCAUAGAAGUCGCAAUGUCCUAAUAUUGAUUGUGUUUUAUUAAACAUUAGAUCGCUAGAUCCACUGCUUGCACACAUGAAUAGUAAAUCAGGAAAAAAUGUAAUGAGACUUGGUGUUGAUAUUGCACAGUCACGCUCACCGCUGAAUGUCACUGACCAUUGUCUAACUUGGUUGCAACAUUUUGUGAUGUACCUUUCAACUUUCUACCAGGGUCCCUUGUCUAUAUAUUGGAAUGGUCAAUAGAGUAUUUUUUAUAAUAGCUUUCUUUUGAUAUUUUUCUCAAUUUUUAUAAGUGAUUUUCCUAAAAACAAAUCCCAGGAAUUAUUGGUACGUCCAUUUUGACUGUACCAGGGCCAUAUCAGCAAAGUCUCUUGGACUGAGCUCUCCUGACGCUGGAGAUGAACGGUCCUCCAGCAGCAGAUCUCUCAAGUGAUUUGUCUUUUCUUUCCUGUACCACGACCAAACUUGCAACAUUUGUGAAAACUUUGAUAAUGUUUUGAAAUAUUGUAGUGUGUGCUUGUUUUGGAGUUUUACCUUUUAGGCCGUGUUGUUUUAUGUUGUGUUCUGGAUUCUUACCCAGUUUACUGUGUUGCAUUGAUGUGGAAUGUAAAAUGUUUUGAUGUAGAAUAAAAUAACAGUUGGAUUAAAGACAAUAAAUGCUUUCA